CCUACGACGGUCUCUGAUUGGCUCCAGGCUCGAAGGCAUGAACCGCACUCCACGAUGAACUCGACAACAAUUGACUAAGAGACUAUAGCAGAGGAGCACUUCUCCGCGUAUCAAGUCGUCUCCGGACGCGAAACAACAAGAUGCUGUCGGGUAUCUUGCUGUUCAAUCAGAAGGCAUAUACCAGCGAACGCAUGCGCCGCGCAAUUGAUCGCUAACGAAGCCGCUAUAGGGCGAACUGCUCAUCAUGCGAGCCUUCCGUCAGGACAUGCGACCUCGACUCGCCGACGUCUUCCGCAUCCAAGUCAUCUCCAACGCCCAGAUUCGAUCGCCCAUCCUCACGCUCGGUAGUACAACGUUCAGCCACAUCCGCAAUGACAACAUCUACGUUGUUGGCGUGUCAAAAGGCAACGUCAACAGUGCUCUCGUCUUCGAAUUCUUGUACAAGCUCGUUAGCCUGGGAAAGAGCUACUUUGGCCGCUUCGAUGAGGAAGCCGUGAAGAGCAACUUCGUCAUGGUGUACGAGCUGCUCGACGAGAUCCUGGACUUUGGGUACCCGCAGAACACCGAGACGGAGACGUUGAAGAUGUAUAUCACCACUGAAGGCGUCAGAAGCGAACGAGCAAUGGAGGACAGCAGCAAGAUCACGAUGCAAGCUACGGGUGCGCUAAGCUGGCGCAGGGACAACAUCAAAUAUCGCAAGAACGAGGCGUUUGUGGACGUGAUCGAGGACGUCAAUCUUCUCGUCUCCGCUUCGGGAACUGUACUCCGUGCGGACGUCAACGGCGCGAUCGAAAUGCGAGCCUACCUUUCCGGCACACCAGAAUGCAAGUUCGGCCUCAACGACCGUCUCACAUUGGGCGAGAACGGCGCAGACGUCAGUCUCGGCGGUGCGAUCGGCAAUCUGGGUGGCAACAAAGCCAGCAAAGCCGCCGCCGGCUCCGUCACGCUCGAAGACGUCUCGCUACACCAAUGCGUCAAGCUGUCAUCCUUCAGCAACGACCGCACAAUCUCCUUCAUCCCGCCCGAUGGCAGCUUCCAGCUCAUGACCUACCGCGCCACGGAGAACGUCAACUUGCCGUUCAAAGUCCAGUGCAUUGUCAAUGAGGUCGGCAAGGGCAAGGUUGAGUACAGCAUCGCCAUCCGUGCGAACUACGGUAGCAAGCUGUUCGCCACGAACGUCGUGGUCAAGAUACCGACACCGCUCAACACGGCCAAUACCACGCACCGGACAUCGCAAGGGAAAGCCAAGUACGAGCCGAGCGAGAACGCCAUUAUCUGGAAGAUUGCACGCUUCACUGGACAGUCGGAGUUUGUGCUGAGUGCAGAGGCGGAGUUGAGCGCCAUGACGAAUCAGAGAACUUGGUCUAGGCCGCCGUUGAGCAUGCAAUUCAGCCUGUUGAUGUUCACUAGCAGUGGCCUGUUGGUGCGCUAUUUGAAGGUGUUUGAGAAGAAUAAUUACAGUAGUGUGAAGUGGGUGCGGUAUAUGACGAGAGCUGGAAGCUAUGAGAUCAGGUUUUGAGUAGAGAUUCUCUACACUUGCACCACCAAGCAGUAAAUCAUCUCUCUGCGAUCUCGGCAACAAUAACUGACGACGGCGGACCUUCACUUACUAAUUGUAAGAAGGUGGCGUAUAACUGUCGCCGUCUUCGCUUCGUUGUGGCUGACGA